AUGCCUGCACUGCCGUCCUUCAUCACCAGUCGCAAAGGAAAGGUCGCCUUCAAGUCCCCGUUUACUCUAUUACGCGGAGAACAGUCGACGCCCGCAUCGGUUCAAGUAGCAGUUCCAGCAGUCCCACCACAUCCUCUCGCAGAUGAGGUCCUUGUCAUCAAUGAUCGAAACGCGCGACAUUAUUCAUUGGACUUCGAUGGCGGGCAACCCAUAGACGAAUACGAGACAGACAUCAUCGACGAAGAACUGCGGAAUCCUCGACCGAAUAAUGCUCCAACGCCUCAGGUCCAACUGGAUAUCGAUUUGUCGCCAGAGGGAUUGACCGACUGGUUCGCUGCGAAUUUCCUCCAACCAGAAAACGCUCAACCAUCGUCCGAGAAGGCGCAACAAGGGCAGACUAGCGGAAGUGGAUUGCGGAAUGAAGCGAAGCCUUUGGGGAGUUUAGGAAGCACGGAAACGCUGAGUAGUAGGAGUAGGAGUGCACUGGGAGAGGCUGAUGAAGGAGGUUUUUCGACUUCAUCAGAAGAUGUCCUUUCGAAUCUUAAGGCAAUGAAUGCCUCGCACUUUGGGAAAAUGCACGGCUCUGAAUUCAAUCGCUCGGAUCAAGCUUCGUCAUCCUCGAAUAAGCCUUCAGCAACCCUCUUAGCAAUUCCAGCGGGUUCGUCACAAAGCACCAACAGUCAAGAAUCGCGUCCCGAGGCCCUCUCUGACCUAAAGCCUCUUCGACCAAUGUCCCUUUUGGAUACCCCGGCUUCUUCGGCGGUCUCUGGGACCAACUUCGCUCGCGCCCUUCUAUCGAAUGCCUUCGUACUGCCCAACGACAAUCGUUUAUCGAGGUUCCGCACCAGCACUGUUGGCCUUACGCGCUCAGAUUCGACUACCCUUCCUCGCGGUGACCAUGCCGGCCCAUCCUCAUAUCAUGACCGGUUCUCGGUGGGUCCAGAUGCGCCGCCAGUACCAUCCAACGCCGGCUUCCUGUAUGAACCACCUAAGAAGUCGCGUGCCGCACUGGAAUGGAGAGAAAAGAAACGUCAAGAAUUGAAGAGGCGAUCAAGUACUGGUAGCCUGCAUCCCAAAAUCCUACCAGAAACACCUUCAUACGACAGACCGAUCAGUGCUCUCCUGAGCCCCGGCGCCGAAUUCGAUUUAAACGACUUAAACUCUCUAUUACUGAAAUCUCCUGCGCUCGUCCAAACUCCUCCGCCUCCACCCCGUUCUCCUUUGCCUCCUACUCCACAACCGAAACGCGUCGAAGAAAGCAAAACUGUUGAACUAACCCCGACCCCCGCCGCCAGGCCUUUACCUAUCGGUCCUCAAACCCCAUCUUCCGACUUCCUAAGCCUUCUAUCCCCCGCUCCUUCCUCUGAUGGCCUACCGUCUGGCAAGAAUCUGGAGUCAGACGAUGUCUUGAAUUACUAUUCACAUCCUGACUCGCCAGAGCCUCUUAUGACCGGCGGGUAUCGACCUGGUGUCUCACCUAUAAGUGAAGAGACUAGUUCCCAAUUAUCUCCUCCGACACCGUAUAGAGAUAGACGGGAAUCACAAAGAAGUACCGGCACUCCACUUGGUGCUCGUAGUCCUUUGUCUGGUAGUAUACGCGUGCGGGGCGAUUCCGUACCUUUACCUCGAAAGCUUUCUGAUUCACGUCCAUAUUCACGACAGUUGCUAGCCCCAAUGGGAGAGCGGCCGCUAUCCUCCAUUCAACCUCCAUCGCCUUCUGGUUCUCAAACUUCGUCCUUAGCUUCGGCAGGCUCGGACCUGCUUGCACCCCUUGCACCCCCUCCUAGUCAUAUUUUCAGUCGCCAAAGGUCCGGCAGCGCCCCCAGUCCUAUCAAGGUCAUACGUGAUCCUAAAGACGCAAUCACCUACAAUAUUACCGUUUCUCCUAGUAAUGCCGAUUCUGAUACUCCAACUUCAGAUGAAGGCAUAGUCACCCAGGAUUUCCCUGAAACGCCCAGUGCUUUCAGCCCUCUAUUAACUGGCGGUACUGACGCCCCUCCUUCCCUACACCAAUCGCUAGAUGGACAUGAUGUGCCGCCAAUGGCAACGAUACCCACCUCUGCUACUAUUUCCCGGGGAACCCAGCCAAGUCUUGCUCAACAGCUCUUGUUGAACCGAGCCGGGACGACUGGCCGCCAACACACGAAGCAAACGAGCGUUGGGAAGAUCAAGACGUCCGGUUUAGCAGCACGCUCAGGAUCUCCAACGAGUCGGCGUAUUGCAGACAUAAUUGAAGACGUGGAGACUGAGGCGAGUCCGGCUGACCAAAACGGCGGCAUUGCGUCGCGCCGUAUGUCUGCAGCUGGAUCGCAGCCAGAGUCGCCCAGCAAUCAGGUCCUGGCUCACGAAAUGAGUAGAUCCCCCAGUCGAGGAACGGUCAUCACGACCUCAGAUGCAAGUUCCAUGUACACUUCCGACUCUUCGUCCAAGCCACGCAUCAAGUCACUGCCGCCCAUUCCUAAUUCUCCUAUUCCUUCCACGCGUGCUGUUUCGCCGGCGACGACCAUUGAAUCUCCGGUAAAUGCACCGGAGUCCUCGACAGCUAUUGUUGGCGCCCCUGCUCCUCCUACUGCCCCCUCAAUCCCUCCUCCGUCGCCGACACUGGCACCGAAACCUCCUGCUCCAUCACCUGCUCGCGGACGUCUGCCACCUGCUCUGAACAUCUCAAGCUCCAAUCCUGUCGCCGAGCGAGCGGUGGCUGUCAAUGGUAACGCGACAGACAGCUCAGACUCGCCAGCAUCAUCAUCACGUCCAGCAUCGAAUCCUCCUGUCUUUGCUGCUGCUUCAUCUGCCUCAGCGCCAGCGCCAAGUGCUGUCGACCAUGAUCAAGCCCCAGGCACUCAGAGCUCGUCAAGUCACAAAUACGAGGAUGCAUUUACUGGCCGGGCUUCUGACAUUUUCAGAGCGACGUCCCUGGGUUCUCCUCCGCCCUAUUACACUGUUGUUAACGAGACACCGCUACCGCAGGUUCAACAACGUACCCCGCCAAGUCAUCCUUCGCAUACACCGAAUGGCAGCUUCUCCCAUAAUGCGUCGUUUUCCUUCUCCGAGCCGAAUUUUGGUACGCCGGGGCCUUCCAACCUUGAGUGGAGCAACAACAUGGAUGGCAGGUCGACGUUAGGGAGAGAAAACUCGAUUGCCGGCCAGCGUUCGCGGAUGCGACCUCCUUUGCCACAGGGCCCUCGGAGACCGAGUCAGCAACAGAUGAUGGCGGCGGGUGGACCCUCUGGCCAAUUCCAUCCCUCUCGGGACCGUUCGGGCUCCAUCUCAUCCGUGGCGAGCAAUGCACUACCCCAUACGUCAAGGGUCCGGUCCGCUCCCGUUUUCUCGCCCAAAUUCCAAACGCCGCCGCCCAAGUGGAGAGGCUACACCAUGGAAGCUGCCAAAUGGACGUUUACGUCCGCUCAACUCCAGGCUAUCGUGUCCAGAGCUAUCAAACAGUCAGCUGAAGCAUCGUCGAUUCGUUUGCUACGGCUUGAUGUCCUUGACACCGAAAUUCCCGAGGAGAUGAGGCGUUUGGAAGCUCAGCGGACGGACCUGAAGACGCGGUAUAAGGUGCUGACGCGGAGACGAGCCACUUUGCUUGACGCUCUAACGGCACACAUGACGGGCAACGAGGAAGACAACUCUUCCUAUGCCCUUCGCCUGCUGGAGGAGAUCAGAGAAAUGGUGGUAACACUGGACAGACUCGCUGAAGAGUUGCAUAGCCUGGAUGGUCAGCUCGCCCAUCUCGAGUCCUUGACGCAUAUUCACACUGGCAGUGCACUUGCAAUGGCCCUACGGAAGCUAAAUGCCAGUUUCCUGAAGCAAGUCGCGGAGAACCAAGUGCUCCGGAAUCAGAACCAGGCCCUCGAGGCCGAGCGAGACGAGGCAUGGGCGCAAGCCGAGGUCGUCGCGAACGAGUUUGACAGAAUGAACGAUAAGAUCGAUAGUCCUUCGUCGAAGCGCUCGAGUAGGAUUUCUGCCGUUCGCAAGUCAAGUGUUCGCGUGUCGAAGGCAGGCUUGCGCACACCCAGCCAGCGACUCAGCCAACGAUCAUCUUUGGGCAGUUCACUCUGUGGGCCUACGUCAAGUUCAAAGAGUCCGUUACCCCGCUUGGAAAAGAGCCCGCCUGUUCCUCCUAUACCGAAGCGCCGACCCCUCCAAAUCUCAACUGAAUCGCCAUUAAGGAGCUCAGCGGUGCUUUCCUCUGGAGGGGUUACGCCGAACUCGGAAACAAGGGCUUUGGCAGAGGCACAAGAUGAACUAUAUGCUAUGUUGGGCAUCACGAACCCAGAUCGCCGCCUGCGUCGCUCUCGGUCUGCUGCUGGUCUGCUACUUUCUCCACCUCCGGUUACCGCGCUCCUUAAUGUUCGGCCUUCCGAUAUCAACCCGUCUCGGCGCUCGUCGCUACCCGGAGAUUCUUCACUAGCUGAGGCAUAUAAUGCUAUGGCUGCCGAUCGUAAUGCAGUUCUUGCCACUAUCGAUAUGCUAUCUGCCACGGACUGA